AUGUCCAAGAGGGAGGCUCUCAGCAUCGGGGGCGCUGGCGUCGAUAUCGAAGCCCCGCGCGCCAAACGUCGGAAGGAGGCCCCGGCCACAACUAGCACCAGCACGAACGGAAAGGCAGCAGCCGCCGACGCCCAGGUGCAGGGGAACAAUGAGGGCGGAAGCAAGCAGGCUGAGGAUAGGGACGAGGUCAUGCGCAAGGGGAUGUUGUUGUGGACUGCGAUGAAGGACGCCGUUUCCGAAGGCGUACACAUCUCUCAGGCCUUUAUGCGUCUCCCCUCGAAACGCCAAUAUCCGGAAUACUACCACAUCAUUAAGCAUCCAGUAGCUCUCGAUGACAUCAAGUCAAAGCUUGAAAAGAAAGAAUACGCUUCUAUGGUAGACGUGAAGGCAGACUUUGAGAGAUGUUUUCGCAACGCGAAGCGGUUCAACAUGAAGUCAAGUCAAAUAUGGGCAGACGCGAGGUAUCUCCACAAAUACUUGGAAAAACAGUAUGCUCGAGUCACAGGGAUCAAAGUGGACUCGUCCGAUGGCGAGAAAGAAGAUGUUAGCGAGAAGAAGGCUCUACAUCGCUCUUUGAAAGCUACGCUCCAGACGAUCGUCGACAUGACAUCCGACAGUGGCCGAGUUCUCUCCACCGAGUUCAUGCAGCUUCCAAGCCCUGCGGAUUGGCCUGAUUACUACAAGCUAAUCAAGAAGCCUCUGUCGCUGGACAAGAUAUUCAAAAAGAUAAAGCGCAGAGCAUAUGAGAAUUCAAUGGAGUUUGCGGACGACGUGGAGCUUGUCUUCCAGAAUGCGCUACAGUUUAACGCGGAUGGAUCGCCGAUAUAUGACGACGCACGCACUUUGAGGGACGCCUUCCGGAAGCUAAUGGCGGACCUUCCUGAGCAAUUUGCGGCACCAGCAUACGUGAACGCUGGCGAUCACCCAACGAAGAUCAAGUUGAAGAUGCCUAGUGCGCCCACACAGCCCGUCGAGGCGCCAGCCCCUGCCUUACCCUCUAGUAACACAAUCACUGUAUCUCGCGGGCGGGCCCAUGGACGACAACGAAACACCAAAGAGGCGACGAACGCGUCCCCUUCUGGCCCAUCCCAUCUUCCCCUCGUUUCCGACAGGGCCGCUGCAGUCACUCCCGCUUUGCCUAUGAUGCCAGGCCCUAAACUUGCGCCCGCGCAAGCGUCUUCCUCAGGCGCCGUGGUUCCUUCCCCUUCCAAGCCGUCGACAGCCGCACAAGCAAGGGCCAUACCGCGCGGAGGCACUGCCCAAGGUCUCAGCUCGACAUACUACCCCAACGCUGUAUACCAGCAACCUAUCGCUCCCCGGCCCAUUUCGGUGUCAUCGUCAUCUGCUCCCCAGGCCAUCUCGGUGGCAUCGUCAUCUGGUUCUGCCCAGGCCAUCUCGGUGUCGUCGAAAUCACCGAGUCCCUUUCCCAUACCAAUUUCUCCCCCUCCCGGCGCACGUUUUGUCCUGCGCCCGGCGUCGGUGUCGGUGCCCGCGGCGCAAUAUGUGCACACCCUGCGGCAUGCGAUCAUCACCACGAUGCCUCUCCGCCGCCGGCUCGUUCUGCACCACGAGGAUGGCACGCGGACGUGGACGAUGCGGCUGAACGGGAGCGAGACCGGGAUCGUCCUGUCCAACGUCACGCUCCUCUACCUGCUCGAGGACGGCAGCAGCGGGGACGACGAGCAGGACGGCGAGGAGGGCACGUCGCUCGCGAAGGGCAAGAAGCGCGGCCGGCCGGCGCGGAAGCGCGGCAAGGCGUCCGAGGCUGCGAAGAAGGCCAAGGGGAAGGAACCAGAGUCCAGCGAGGGCGGGAUGCAGGCCAAGCUGAACGGCGCGGUGGUGGCGGGCAAGGAGAGCGGCGAGUGGGAGGUGCCGCUUCCUGUGGGUAUCAGCGUGCUCGAGCUCGGCGAGAAGGGCGGGAUGAUGUGGAAGGUGUACUUGGAUCGGGCGGCAUGCUGAUGAUGGCCGUAUAUUUUAUGCCUAUACCUCUCCUCUCGGUGUGUACUCUCUCCUCUGUGUUUUUGUCUCGCUCUGUACUGUAGGGUCGGAUGUAUGGUUGUGUAUGGAUAUCGUUAUGUAUGCC